CUGGAUCAGCCCAGGUUGGGUAUGCAGGAUCCGGCCAGCUACCUGGUCCCCCGAAAUGACCCAACACUCAUGGCCUACCAGAAUUACAUCUACAAAGUGGCACAGAACUUUGGGUUUCUAUACCCCACCUCGGGCCAGAGAAAUGUGAAGGCCAUUGUGGAUUUCGAAAUAAAGUUGGCGAAGAGUUGUGUUCCUCUUCUAGAGACUGGGUAUGAGGAACGCCCGUACAUCCCGAUGACCUUGGCUGAACUAGACAAAAAAUACCUUGUGUCAGAAUUCAGCUUCACGAUGUUUGUGAAAUCAUUGCUGACAGCCCCGGAAAUAGGAGUCACAGAUGUCACAGAUGAUGAAAUCAUCAUCAACUUCUCCGAUCAUUUCUUUGGCAAGUUAGAAGGCAUCUUCCGUACCGUCCUCCCAAGUGUGGUAGAGAACUACGUGUACUGGCGAAUUGCCCAGGACUACCUGGAAGCCUUAUCACAACCCUACCUACAACUCAACUUUGAGUUCUACAAGGUUCUGCGAGGUAUCGACAGAGAGCAGCCACGGGACAGCAUGUGCGCGAGUUACACAAAAAGAACAAUUGGCUUGGCAGUGGACAAAGCUUAUGUGGAGCAGAAAGGCCUCUUGCAACCCGAAGCCAAAACCAUGCUCCAAGAUAUGAUCGGUGGUCUACAGUCUGCCUUUAAUGAGCAAGUGGAUGAACUCUCCUGGAUGGAUGCAGACACGAAAAGACUUGCGAAGCAAAAGAAUGGCGCCAUUAAGUCCAAGUUUGCUUACCUGGAACUCUUGACAAAUGACGUACUGUUAAAUGAGGUUUACGUAAACUAUACCUUUCAAAGUGACAAGUACUUUGAAAACUACGUGACUGUCAUGAGGUUGGAUUAUGAAAAGAGUAUGCGUAAACUAAGAAAGCCAGUUCAUACCAAUGCAUGGUCCAUGAGCCUUGUCGAGGUGAAUGCUAGCUACAACCCUUCCAAGAACGAGAUGGGUAGACAGUUCGACAAGACCGGACACUUGAAGCAGUGGUGGAGCGACUCCUCUACCCAAAUGUUCAAAGACAAGGCGCAGUGCUUUGUGGACCAGUAUAGUGCUUACGUCACGGAGGUGGCCCACAUGAACGUGAGUGAAAUCGAACCACUAGGGGAAAACAUCGCGGCCAGCGGAGGAAUCAGACAGGCAUUUAGGGCCUAUAGAAGUUGGGUAAAAGCAAGAGGAAAAGACGAACAGACCUUACCUGGAAUCAAUUACUCUAGCAACCAACUGUUCUUCAUCAAUUCUGCUCAGCUCUGGUGUAGCCAGGAAGGAAAAGAGGCUGUCUUUGCACACUUGGGAAUGGAUUCCCACAUUUCAGGGCGGUAUAGAGUUAUUGGCGAAAACCAGAAUUCCGAGGACUUCUCCCGAGAGUUCAAUUGUUCCAAAACGUCCUACAUGAACCCAGAAAAGAAGUGUCGGGUGUGGUAGAAAGGAAAGGAAAUAGAAGAAUUUAUGGCUAGCAGGACAAAAUGAUGGCUGGAGUCAAUUGGCCUUCCUGUAAAAACACAACAAAUAUUUUGUUUUCUUAAUGGUUUAGACUGUUUUAUAACAGCCGAUACACUGUUUGUUGAGUUACCCUCUGUGAACUUAGCUUUGUACUGAUCUUGCAAUUGGUUUGCAGUCAUCAAAUGAAUAGUGUGUGAAAUUGGCGAACCAGGAACUAGUUAGCGUGUUAUAUGUACCAGUUAACCCUUUAACAAAAUAAUAUCCAAGAGCCUUACAAUGAAAAAAAAAUGUCUGUCGAUUAAAUGGUACAAAACAACAUACACGCAGGUAAGGAAUCUCUUAUAAUAACUAUGUGCGUAGCUAAGCUGGGAAAUGAGGAGGGAACGACAGUUUGAUAGUACAUCUAGAGAUCUACUACAAUUUUGUUUCUUAUGGGACGUGGCUCAGAGUAGUUGAUGCCUCUUUUUGUUUUUUGUUUUCGUUUUUUCUUCUCUUUUAACUUUAAAUAUGAUUUUGUUCAGAAAUGGUUAUACCUGAUGUCCUACUCAUUUUUACUAAUCUGCAGUCCGUACCCAGUUGUCUUGUCACCAAUAUUAGAUUGUUGAAAAUAUUUGCAAGAAAAGAUAAGAGUGAUAUAAGCAUCUUUAAGUAGGAAGUAACAGAACGUUGAUCUAGCAGCUCUGGAGGUCGAGGGCUGUUGUAGAGUACCUGGUGUUUGAGUCUCAAAUCUAGAAAGGGUCUACAUUUUUUACUUGCCGGAAUACUUGUACUUACUUUCUUUCUCUUCCCCUGUUGCCGUUAAACGUCGAGGGGAGAUGUCGUUUUCUAUGGUAGGAUGCCUCCGCUAAUCUUUCAAUUGGGAUAUUAUAAUUUCUCAAGGUUUCCUUGACUCCCUCAAUUCAUCUACCUCUUUCUGUAUAGCUUAAGCACUUGGGGUUAUAGCCUCUCGAGGUUGGCUGACAAGGUGACAUUUGUAACAGGUGGCCAUACCAUUUCAUUCUCUCUUUUUUAAUUUUGAAGUGACAAGCCGUCUCUUUGUGGAGCUUUUUGGGUGAGAUAGAAAGGGUGCGAGCUGGUAGGUGAUGGUAUUGCCUUUUUGACGUACAGAAUAUUUACCCGUGCUCAGAAAAAAGUUCUACCAAGUUAUUUAAGCCCCGUGGUCUCUUUUAAUUGUUUACUGUUGGCAUGACUGUUCGGGAGACUAUGGUUUUUGGCUUACUUUCAUAACGUCUGUUUUCGUUGUGCUUAUUCUCAAGUCAAAUUUCUCACUGCUGCUGUUCAAUUUGGUAGUGGGAUUUUGGAGGUUUUGUUGGUUUGGAUGGAUAAGACUUUGCGCGUCUGCUUACUAGGCUUUGGUUUGCGACUUGCACUAUUGUGUCCUUGUUAAUUAUAAAAAAGCAAUGGAGUUAAAAUGCCUCCCUGUUGUACUCCAGAUCUUUGAACUACAUGCCUGCUUUUGGUAUUUGGAGCUCUAACAUUGUCUAACAGCUGUCCUCUACGCCAUACAUUUCAAGUGUCUUCCACAGGUUGACACGAUUUACUCUGUCAAAAGACUUCUCCUGAUCUAUGAAGACAGUUUUGGAUUCUUUGUUGUGCUCUGUGGUUUUUCUUUUUUGGCCCAGCUGUCGUAUUGCGAAUGCCGCCAGAACAAUAACAUUACAAUUCUAUUUUAAUGUCCUGAGAAAGAGGACCACAAGUGCUCAACCUUAAUAAUGACGUCCAUCGUAUUUUCAAUGGUUGAUAAUCGUAGACAGUAAAGGCAUGAUUAACAUCUAAAAUAAAUUAUAACAGGAGUAAAAUAGCUCAAAGCAGUAGGAUCAAAUUGGAUCAAAUGUGAAAAUCAUAGAUUGAGAUAUGAAAAAGUUUCAAUUUAAGAACUUGUAUGAGAUCUGGCUUUUAUUCAACCGUUGUUUUGUUGCUGUUGCUUUUUUCAAAAUAACAAAUUUUCCUUAUGGGAGAGAAAAGCAGUUCCCAAGAAAAGUAUAAAAGAGACAGAGAAUCAAAGGGGAUUUAACGAUGUUAAAAACAUUAAUAAGGAAACAGGAGGCUUACAAAAUGUCCAUCUUGAUUUUAUGUGUUUGGACAAAUAUUGUUCAAUAAAAUGAGUAAAAUGUGAAUAUAA